AUGAGGGUGGCGGUGCGUCUUCUGCGCAGGGAUGAGCGCAUCCCCUCGCCGGGCAGUUCGCUCCUCAACCCACGCAGCCAGCGAGCCAAGCUUCGGCAGAUGAUGAUGACUCACGCAGCACAAGAGAAGCAGUUUGAAGAGCAGGCGUUGUUUGCGGGACUAGGAGGCGCCUCAUCAUUGCCGCCAGUGCGUAGCAAAAAGGAGCGAACCUCAAAGGCUACUCGCCGCGUCGGACGGGACGUGGCGGAGAGAGCAAAGUGCAUGACAGAUAGUGAGUGGGAAAGUGUCCCUAUGGACGAGAAACACGCGUUUACUAAGUACAUGAGUCAAAUGCUGCGCGAACACCCAACGGAAACGACAGAGCAGCAGCGGCGUCGGUACUUUGAGACGACCAUGGUGGAUGCACGUGACCUGGAUCCACAGAAGACCGUUCGAGACGAGUACGAGCGUAUUAAACUUGGUUUGCCCGUACAGUUGAAGAAUCCACAACAUCCUUUGGGCGUUUCACAGGCCGUGUACGAAGCGGCGGAUGCCUCACUUUUUGACCCGACGAAUGUUCAUAAAUUGGAAAACGCCAUGACCCACAUUAAGCAGGUAUUUGCAGAUUACGUACAUAAGAAGCGGGAGGGCGUGAGUACAGAGGCGGAGCGACGACAGUUGGCGAACAUGACGGCUGAACUGAAUUUGGAGACGCAGAAACAUCUUGCAAACACAUUUAAAUACGCUGAAACCCGUUUACGGCAGAUUUCUUUGGAGGAAAAACAUCGUCAAUUGAAGGAAAUUGAGCGUCUGCGACGGGUUGCUCAACAAAAGAGUGGUGGACAUCGGCGUGGAAAGAAGGAGAAAAGGGCGGCACGUACGGAAAAGCUGAAGCGAAUGAUCAGCAAGGCUGUUGGGCUGGAUAUGAACGUCGCGGAGACGGUUCUUACCGAGAUGCGUGCUCAAGAGGAGUUUCUGCAGUUUUGUGAGGUUUUCGCCCGCCUGACGCAAGGCAGUGGGUUUCGUCACACGUCAAAUGAUGAAUCACUUAGCGCCUACGUGGAGAACUUACGUAAACUGUAUUCCAUGAAUGCAGACACCCUGAGCACGCUGGACGUGGUGCAGUACUACGCCUCGAAGGAGGGCUCGUCGCCGGUGGAUUGGGCAAAGCGCUGGUAUGAAAAGGCGUUGCUUCUACCGCUGCAAAACACACCGGAGUACAAGCAGUUGCUUGAAAUUCAACAACGUGAGCAGGCGGCAUUCAAGGCGAAGGCAGAGCUCUCUGAACCGAGCGAUGCCCUGGCAAUUCAGGCGGAGUCGCAGGUUGCCCGGGUGAAGGUGCGGAAGGUGGUUAACAUCGUGGAGAAGAUGUUUAUGGACCCCGGAGACAAGCGACUGGAGUCGUGGCACGAGAAGCGACUCCGGUAUUUGGCUCACAUGCAGAUGGAACGGCAGAUAAAACGCGUCCGGGAGAACUCAAAACUGUUCGAGGGUGUCGAAUGCACCCCCGAGGCAGAGCAGUGCCGGGAGUUGUACAGGAAUAUUAUGGAGCGCAGAGCGGCAUUGCGCGCGUCGUCAGCGGAGAUCACCGCCACCACCGACGGCACGCAAGGAGUUGUGGCAGCUGAAUCGCGGGUUGGUGAAAAUGAGCAGAAAUUAUUCAACGUAUACGACGAUGCGGAGGCAACUGCACUGUUUGAGAAGAUCCGGGAUAUCACAAAACAGGUGAUUCAACAGCGAAGAAUAGAGAGCGCGGCCGCUGCCAAAGCGCGAAGUCUGCAGCGUAUUAUUCGAAGCCUGAGGGGGGGCGAGCAAUCCUUGGCAGAGGAGCUUCGUGCACUUCAGCGGCAGCGCAGAGAACGCAUCACACAACGUCUUCUUGGCGUUGUGGAGAAUGAUGUGAAGACAGAGAUGGAGUGGCUGGAGAACAUGGAAGAGGCGGAGCGACCUCCACUGCUCCCUAUACCGGAAGGAAUGUCAUAUGUUUCUGCCGCGGAUGUGCGGGCGUGGCGGGACAUCCGCAUGGAAUGUGAGCGCAAGGCCGGAAAUCCGUUUGAGCGAAGAAAGCGCGUUUUUCAACCGGAGCUUUUCGGGCAGACAUGGCGUGUGCCCGACCGGCCAUUGUUGUUCUGGGGCACUGGUGUGACUGCCGUACAGCAGGCCUUGCGACACGCCGCGGAAGACGCGGAGCGAAAACGACGUGGAAUUCCUCUUGCGCCACCGUAUCCGUGCCCAGAGAAUCCGUGGGGCUGGCGGCUCGCAAAAGACAUUUUGGACGAGGAAUGA